CCCAUCACUAUGUUUCUCUCGAUCCUCAACAGAUAACAGAUUCUGAUACCUCUUCUUCUCAGAAUAAACAAGUAAUAAGAAUAAAAGAAUUCGUCAGGGAGAUUAAAAACUUUUCUGCUGUUCAUCCUUCUAACAGAAAUUUCCCCGUUUUCGCGCGCAUUACCUUUCUCGCCUUCCAUAUAGUUUCGUGUCGCGGAUUCUCCGAUGGUUUCCGCCUGAGAUAUUCCAAACUGAUCAAAUAAGUAGAAAUCACGAGAAUUUGCUUCUGGGUCCGUUGCAAAACCGGUGUUCUGAAAUUGCUGAAAUGAUGGCAAGCGGUCGUCAGAAUUGCGAUAAUUUAACGUCUUUUUCCGAGAAAUCUGAGCAAGGUUGUUUGGAAGGAGGGAAUCAGGUUCGUUACAAGGAAGGGAAAGGGAAGAGAUUGUGGAAGAAGGUGAAGUAUCAGCUCGUCGAGUACCACUCAUUGCCCGGGUAUUUGAGGGACAAUGAAUUCAUUUUGGGUCAUUACAGAUCUGAAUGGCCGCUGAAGCAGACCUUCUUAAGCAUAUUCACUAUUCACAACGAGACUCUCAAUGUCUGGACGCACUUGAUUGGUUUCUUCCUUUUCCUCUCUCUGACAAUAUACACAAUGAAAGUUCCAGAAGUUGUGGAUCUCCAGUCCCUGCAUCACCUUCCUGAAGUGCUGAAAAAAACUGAUCUGCACGAGCUCUUGACUUGCCUUCCAUCCAUGCCAAACAUGCCCGAUUUGCGAAGGCUGCAGGAUGAGUAUAAGCCAUCCUUCCCUUCAAUGGAUGUGCUUCCAUCACUGUCCAGUUGGUAUAUUCUAGAACUUCUCACAAAUUGUUUGCCUGAGCGGUUCUCCCACAGCAAUCACAGUGAUGCUUGUGUUCUGCGUAGCAUGAAAGAGGAUAUGGUGAACAUGAUAGCACCAUUGAUGUUUAGACCAAUCACAAGAUGGCCAUUCUUUGCCUUCCUGGGGGGAGCAAUGUUCUGUCUAUUAGCCAGCAGCACAUGUCAUCUGCUGUCGUGCCAUUCUGAGCGCCUGUCUUACAUAAUGCUGAGGCUUGACUACACAGGCAUUGCAGCCCUCAUCUCAACCUCCUUCUACCCUCCUGUGUACUACUCCUUCAUGUGCAAACCCUUCUUCUGCAACCUCUACUUGGGCUUCAUCACAGUCCUGGGGAUCGCCACAGCAAUGGUGUCGCUUCUCCCGGUGUUCCAAACCCCGGGGUUCCGCAGCAUUCGUGCCUCCCUUUUCUUUGGCAUGGGAAUGUCAGGGGUAGCUCCCAUUCUGCACAAGCUAAUACUGUUCGGGAACCAACCCGAGGCCCUCCACACCACAGGUUACGAGAUACUGAUGGGUGUGUUUUAUGGGAUAGGGGCGGUGGUCUAUGUAACUAGGAUUCCUGAGCGGUGGAACCCUGGUAAAUUCGACAUUGCUGGUCACAGUCAUCAGUUGUUUCAUAUUUUGGUUGUGGCUGGUGCUUACACGCAUUAUCAAGCUGGCCUAAUCUAUCUCAGGUGGCGGGACCUGGUUGGAUGUUAGACAAUUGAGUCGGCCAGGGCGAGUUGUAUGCGUGUAUGUUUUAUAUAAAUCAUAAUCUCUCUCUCUG